AUGGACACGUUUCUGAACGACCCGUUCUUUCGCGACACCGAGGCCAUCACCUCGUCCUUUCUGCACUCCAUGAUCCCGAAAGACACGGUUUCGAACAUGAACCAAUUCGAUUUCUUAGUCGACAUCGUCGAGAAGAAGGACAAGUUUCACUUAUCCGGUGAGCUUCCCGGGUGCAACGUCGCCAACGUGGACGUGAAAGUCGAUAAAGACAACAACUUACACAUCAGCGCGAUGAAGUCUAUCAAACACGAGGAGGACGAACAGUCACCGGACGGCUCGGUGAAGUGGCACGCGAUCGAAAGGUCCUCGGGUAAAGUCGAGCGCAUCUUCGCGCUUCCGGAAGCGGCGGACGCGGACAAAAUCGAUUGUUCGAUGAAAGACGGCGUGCUUUCCAUCGACAUCAUGAAGAAACCCGAGUUUGUCGGUGAACCGAAAGAGUUGAAAGAGAAGGAGAUGAAGAAGAUUCCGAUUAAAGGCGCGUGA